CUUGUUCAGCUACGUCCACCAUGGCCUCCGCCGCUGAAGCCGCCCUCAAGCUCGAAAUCGCCCGCCUCAAAGGUGCCAUCAAUCGACACAAAUCCGGAGAAGCCCCAGCGAAGUCCGUCUCACAGUCGGUUCCUCGCUCCAAUAGCUAUGCGAGCAACAACAAGUAUGCGAAACCUGUUUCGAAUAAAUGGGUCAGACCUGGGUCUGUGCCCAGCACCAGCGCUGCCCCACCCAGACCUCCGCCAGUACGUCCCUCUGUAGGUUCGUCUCAGACCCCUCGCGAUGUUGUCAUCGACGGCGUCGCCUUUGAGAGUUCGAGUCGCUCUCUCGUUCGUAAAGACCUUCCGAAGCCAAAACCUGUGUCCGCGACUACCAGCAGACCUCCUAGACCUGCGAAGCCUCCUUUCAGCUCGGAAUAUGCUAGGAACAAGGCUGGCACUCUUGUUAAAAGUACCAGGACCUACAAGCCCAAAGGACCACCGCCUUCACGUCGUGUUAACCGUAACAUGACGCUGAAUAAUAAUCGUCGGCCUUAUCAGUCGCGCCGUGCCUCCAGGAAAUAUGUCGACAAGCCGUGCGCUCGGUUUACCACGACAGGUAGUUGCAACCGUGGUCUCACCUGUCCUUAUCAACACGACGAGAGCAAGAUCGCCAUAUGCUGGCCUUUCCUUCAAGGCACAUGCCCACACUCUGCAGACAACUGUCCCCUCUCACAUAACCCCACACCAGAGAAUACACCACUCUGCGUCCACUUCGCCAACAACGGACGGUGCAACCGCGAUAACUGUCCCUUUCCUCACAUCCGCGUGGGCCCUAGGACAGGAGUAUGUCGAGACUUUGCCGUGCUUGGCUUCUGCGGCAAGGGAGUCGAUUGCGAGCAUCAACAUGUCAGGGAAUGUCCAGAUUUCGCGGAGAAGGGAGAGUGUACCACUAAGGGGUGCAAACUUCCGCAUGUCAUUCGAGCGAAUCGUAAACGGCAAGCGGGCGGUGGCACUGGCGCUGGACCUUCCAACAUGUCCAACGGCAUUUCGGCUUCGUCGUCCACAGCGACGAAGGAAACUGCCGAUCCGGUUUCUUUUGCGGGUGUUCUCCCUUCGGCUUCGACAACGACAGCGGAGAACGCUCAAUUAGGUGAUGAGUUUAUCUCUCUUACCUUUCACGAGAGUAGCGAGAGCGAGGGCGAAGAUGAAGAUGAGGAAGACGAGAGUGAGGAGGGGGGCGAUGAGGAAGACGCAGAAGGAGAAGAUGAUAAAGAGGGUAACCACCCCACAUCCGACGAGGACGAUAUCGAAAUUGUGUAUUGAGUGAAUGUAGUUUUCGUCUUGUAUUGGUCUCGCCUAUGGCAUCGGACGUAGCAUCCUUUAUCUUUUAAUACAUGGCGCAAGCCUCUUUCGAACAGGAGCAAAUCGCUACGGUACCAGCCGCAAAUUAUCACGAACGAAGUAAACUAUGUA